GCCAAAGAGUCCAGAAGAAUCCACCUCACCACCACGCGCACCGGUAACAAACAGGUUGGCAUUGGGGAUUGGACAGGUCUCACGAUUUCACAAGUGCGAACGGGGGUGGAGAAGCCGACAAGAUCUCGCGGUACAAAAGCCAUCAACGCCUUCCUCCCCUUCCUCCGAUGGAGCCACCUCAAAAGCCCCCGCCCAUCCACCGCCACGCGGCGAUCCAACCCCCUUCCCCUUCGCCGGCGCAGCAUCGGACCUCGCCGCCGCGGCGGUUCUUCUGAGCGGGGCCGGGGCGGGGCGGCAGCUGGGGAUUCGUCCCGUGCCCCGUGCUCUUCCUCUGCGUGGGCCGGGGCGGAGGGAGGGAGGGGAAGUCGGUGGUGAGGUGGCGUGUUGUGUGGCGCAGAUGUGAGGGCGGAGGAAUGCAGAGGUCGCGGAGAGCCCUUCUGAAGAGGAAGGCGGCGGCGGCGGCGAAGGAGGAGGAGGAGGAGGCAGGGGUGGGCGUGGCUACCGCGGCGGCCGCCGGGAGGAGGCGGCGGCGGCGGCUGUACGGCUUCUCCGUCUCGCUUGUCGUCGCCUGCUGGGUCGUCCUGCUCCUGCUCAACCCCCUCGUCGGUCAUGGGAACGGUCAACGAGAUGAAGGGAUUUUUGCGGAUGAAGGAAGCUCUGAUCCCUCGUUUGAUUCUGUUGAGCCUACCUUGAGCGAAGGCUCUGUUGAUUCAGUUGUACAGCAGGAGAAUGGGGAAAAUCAUGCGUUGCCAGGUGAUAGCUGUGCUAAACCCGAUGAAAAUCAUGUGCUUUCUGAAGAGACACUGCUGGAGAAAGAUCAGCUUUGCUCCAAUGAUGAGGCACAGGGUGAUAGCAUGGAUGCUCUGCCCAAGGAUAACGUUGAUCAGGGUGAGAAUCUUCCACGGACAGAUGAUGAUUCUGUAGUUCAUCCAGAGGGGGAGGUGGAGAGCGAAGGUGUUCCAAGACCAGCAAGGUUAUCACGAGUUGUCCCUCCUGGUCUUGAUGAAUUCAAGACACGAGCGAUUGCGGAAAGAGGAAAGGGUGUCCCUAGUGGUCAACCUGGAAAUGUGAUCCACAGAAGGGAGCCUAGUGGGAAGUUGUACAAUUAUGCCUCGGCAGCUAAAGGGGCUAAGGUCCUGGAAUUCAACAAGGAGGCCAAGGGUGCUUCUAACAUCCUAGACAAGGAUAAAGACAAGUAUCUCCGCAAUCCUUGCUCAGCAGAGGGGAAGUUUGUCAUUAUAGAGCUGUCUGAAGAAACCUUGGUAGAUACAAUCGCAAUUGCAAAUUUUGAGCACUAUUCUUCUAACUUGAAAGAAUUUGAAAUGCUGAGCAGUCUGAAUUAUCCCACAGAUAGCUGGGAAACACUCGGGAGAUUCACUGUUGCAAAUGCCAAGAUUGCUCAGAAUUUUACUUUUCCUGAGCCAAAGUGGGCUAGAUAUCUGAAACUCAACUUGCUUAGCCAUUAUGGUUCCGAAUUCUACUGCACGCUCAGUAUGCUUGAAGUGUAUGGAAUGGAUGCGGUGGAAAAGAUGCUGGAGAACUUGAUUCCAGUUGAGAAUAAAAGGCUGGAACCUGAUGACAAAAUGAAGGAACCAGUCGAUCAGCAAACACAAUUGAAGGAGCCCACUGAGGGAAAAGAAUCCUCACAUGAACCCCUGGAUGAAGAUGAGUUUGAACUAGAAGAUGAUAAACUAAACGGUGAUUCAUCAAAGAAUGGUGCUCAUGAUCAAGUUACCGAGACAAGGCCAAUUCAGGCUGGCAGGAUUCCUGGAGAUACAGUUCUUAAGGUACUAAUGCAGAAGGUGCAAUCUCUUGAUGUGAGCUUUUCUGUCUUGGAGCGGUAUCUAGAAGAACUAAAUAGCAGAUAUGGGCAAAUUUUUAAGGAUUUUGAUGCUGAUAUUGAUACCAAAGAUGCACUCUUGGAGAAAAUCAAAUUGGAGCUGAAGCAUCUUGAGAGAAGCAAAGAUGACUUUGCGAAAGAAAUUGAAGGGAUUCUCUCAUGGAAACUAGUUGCUUCCUCACAGUUAAACCAGCUACUCUUGGAUAAUGUCAUAAUCAGAUCAGAACUUGAAAGAUUUCGGGAAAAGCAGGCUGACUUGGAGAAUAGAAGCUUUGCUGUAAUAUUCCUGAGUUUUGUUUUUGGAUGUUUAGCGAUUGCUAAGCUGUCUAUAGGCAUGAUAUUUAAUACCUGUAGAUUAUAUAAUUUUGAAAAAUUCGAUAGGGUAAAAUCUGGAUGGCUUGUGUUGCUGUUCAGCAGUUGCAUUAUAGCCUCCAUUUUGAUAAUACAGUGAUGUACCUAUCAACUCCAUAUAAUUGCGGCUGCGCUUUGUAAUUGCCUGAGGUGUCUAAUUCAAAAUCUAUUACAAUGCAUCUUUGAGAUCUUACACAAGGGAGUGUAGUUAUUAUAACUCGUCGGCGAUCUCAGUUUGGAGGGUAGAAAAGGAAAAGGCUGUGGUACCCAGGUCAUUUUUAAGUUGCAGCAAGCUACCAGUGCUAGAUUAUUUUUGUCAGCUGCAUGGUCCUCUCCAGUGGAAUGUAGAAGCAAAUCUACCUGGAAAGCAUGUGCAUGCACCUGGAGCCAGGCAAUUUCUUUUAUAAGUUCAGAACCAUGACAGGCCUCCAUGUGCUUCCUUGUAUAUUCCAAGAAGAGAUGGAGUAAUAUAUAUCUUGGCAUGAUCGCUGUGCACUCGAUGUUCUUAAUCUGAGUGGCCUUCCUGCCUGGUGCACAUGGCCUCAACAUCAUGUUGCUUUACAAGGCAGUACUCCGUUUGCUUCCAGCUUGAGAGGCCGCAUUGAUAACUGCUAACGGUACUGAAUGAAGUCAAUGACCUCAAACAUGUACUACAAAUGUACAGCUCUUUUAGUUGAAACAGUACUUUGCACUGGUUUGCUGUAAAUUUGUUGGUUGCUUCCAGUUCCAGAUCUCUUGAUAGCCAUUUUUGCACAUAUCUAUAAAUUAUAGGAGACUUUUGCACAUA